GCAUAAUACCCUUUACAAUGUCCUGAGCAGACCAUUUCCUACGACAGACCAGUCUUAUUCGAUAGAAAAGGCUGGAUGGUGGAUGGUAGUUGUUAUCCUUGUAAGGCUGAGCUUCAGCAUCUUACACAGCAGAAACUGAAGCUUCACUUGUUGACUGUUCUGUAGUUUGCAAGUGAAGAACAGUGUCUAAGUGUAGAAAAGCGAGUGCUGAGCACAGCUUGUCCCGGAGCUGUGCUGUGGCCCGUAGCUCUGCUCCUGCCCGGCCCGCGGCCGUCACAGCGCAGGAGGAGCCGCCUGGCCGUGGUUACCGGGACAGGAGGCGCUGCCCGGGGCCGGGCCAUUCUCCAGACCACCGCAUCCACGGGGGAGCCUGAAACACCCGCGAGGAGCAACCAGAGAGAGCCGCUGCUUUCCGAACCCCUCCAGGAUCACCGUCCGGCCUCCUCGCCCCGCCCGGCCUGCCCCGAUACCUUGGAGGACACGGUGGCCACCAGCUUGAAGAGCUGGUAUUUGGUGUAUUAUAUUGAAGCGAAAGCCAAGCUGCACACAAUACAUAAAUAAUACAAUACGAAUUGAGAUCGAUCAUGAAGAUUUUUUGUGGAAGAGCCAAUCCAACCACUGGUUCGAUGGAGUGGUUAGAAGAGGGUGAGGACUAUGACUAUCACCAGGAGAUUGCAAGGUCACGCUAUGCAGAUAUGCUUCAUGAUAAGGACAGGAAUGUGAAGUACUACCAAGGUAUUAGUGCUGCAGUGAGCAGAGUAAAAGAGAGAGGUGAGAAAGCAAUUGUGCUGGACAUAGGGACUGGCACAGGGCUCCUGUCCAUGAUGGCAGCUUCAGCUGGGGCAGAUUUCUGCUAUGCCAUUGAGGUGUUCAAGCCCAUGGCUAAUGCUGCUGUGAAGAUAGUGGAGAAAAAUGGUUUUUCAGACAAGAUCAAAGUAAUCAACAAGCAUUCCACUGAAGUCACAGUUGGCCCAGAUGGAGAUAUGCAGUGUCGGGCAAACAUCCUGGUAACAGAAUUAUUUGAUACAGAACUGAUUGGAGAAGGAGCUUUACCAACCUAUGAGCACGCACACAAAUAUCUUGUACAGGAGGGAUGUGAGGCAGUGCCUCACAGGGCAACAGUGUAUGUCCAGCUAGUGGAAUCCAGAAGAAUGUGGUCCUGGAAGAAACUGUUUCCUGUUCAUGUUGAAGCAGAGGAUGGUGAAAAAAUUCUUUUUCCACCUUCAGAAAUGGAGAACUGUCCAGGUGUUCCUUCUGUUUGUGAUAUCCAGCUGAACCAGAUGCCUUCAAGUGACUUCAGUACUCUUAGUGAUGUGGUGACAAUGUUCAGUGUGGAUUUCAGUAAGCCAGUACAGAGUGCUUCUACCUACUAUAGAGUGCAGCUGGAGCCUGUGAAAUCUGGCAAGGCACAAAUUGUACUUUCCUGGUGGGAUAUUGACAUGGACCCCUCUGGGAUGAUAAAUUGCACAAUGGCUCCCUACUGGGUAAAACCCACUUCUGCUUUGCAGUGGAGAGAUCACUGGAUGCAGUGUGUUUAUUUUCUUCCACAUGAGGAGCCAGUUCUGCAGGGUGAGAAGUUGUACCUGACUGCCUGUCGUGACGAGUACUCUGUGUGGUACAACCUGCAGAAAGCCAGAGAAGGGGAGAAUAAAGCAGAUGGAGAGGAGCAUAAAGCAGAUGUUUGUGUGGAGAGUCCUGUCUGUAGGUGUCGCGCUCAUCUGCUUUGGAACAGGCCCCGCUUUGGGGAGCUGAAUGAUCAGAACCGAACACUCCAAUACAUCAAGUCCUUGAGGAAGGUUCUGAAAACAGAUAGUGUUUGCCUUUGUAUCAGUGAUGGCAGUCUGCUGCCUGUGCUGGCUCACUAUCUUGGAGCAAAGCAGGUGUUUACAUUAGAAAACUCUGGUGUAUCCUGUUCUGUCAUGGAAAAAUUUUUUAAAGCAAAUCAUCUUGAAGAUAAAAUUAAAAUAAUAGAAGCACGGCCUGAGUUGCUGAAGCCUUCUCAUUUGGAAGAUAAAAAGAUUUCUGUCCUUGUGGGAGAGCCAUUUUUCACGACAAGUUUGUUGCCAUGGCAUAACCUGUAUUUCUGGUACGCCAGGACAGCUGUGAGCACUCACCUUGCCAGCAGUGUCACUGUCCUACCUCAGUCUGCUUCUUUGCACAUGAUGAUUGUGGAGUUCCAGGAUUUAUGGAGAAUACGGAGUCCAUGUGGCACCUGUGAAGGUUUUGAUGUCCAGACUAUGGAUGAUAUGAUUAAAGAUUCUCUGAAUUUUAGGGAAUCCAAGGAAGCAGAGCCUCACCCGCUGUGGGAGUAUCCCUGCAAGUCGCUCUCAGACCCACAGGAAGUUUUGACCUUUGACUUCACAAAGGCUGUACCACAGCACUGUCUCAGCACAGAGGGCUCUGUAAAGCUCUUACGGAAAGGAAAGAGCCACGGAGCAGUUCUGUGGAUGGAAUAUCACCUUGCUGCUGAUAUCUCUGUUAGUACAGGACUGAUGCAACUGCCAAAUGAAAAGGAAAACUGUGAAUGGAAUCCGCACUGCAAGCAAGCUGUUUAUUUCUUCAGCUCUGUUAUUGAAUCAGAAAUUCUGUCAGACCCUACUGCUGUCACAUAUGCUAUAAAUUUUGACACAAAGACAGGAGAGAUUGCCAUGGAUUUUAAGCUAUUAUAAAAUACUUUUCUCUUGCUCAUAUUCCUAAAUCAUAAUAAACAUACAGUACUUUUUUUUGUACAGCAGAGGGUUUCUUUCAUUGUGCUCAGAGAGCAAACUGUUCUUUAACAUACUUCUAACCUUUUUGGGUUUGUUUUCAAAAUACAGUUAGUGAGGUAGAGAGGAACCAUUUCUCAGGAACAGAUAUUCUUGUCAGGGUUUAUAUACAUAUAUACACAUACUUUUCAUCAUCUCUUUCAGGGUUUUACGUACAUAAGGAGGUACAAAACAGUUGACUUGAUAAUAGCAGCUGGUUAUUGCAUGGCAUAUCAUUGGAUGAGGACACCAGGCAUUAUCAGGCAUAAUCUGACAUUAGAGAAAAGUGAGUUAAACAUAUCUCUUUCUAGGCUGUGCUCUUAUCACCAUAAAAUGGGAAAUAAUCUCCAGACUGCACAAAAAGAAGUCCCAUGUCAAAUUUCAUAUGUAUAUUAGUACACUUAACAGGGAGAAAGAAACAGAUUAGUUGUUCUCAGACUUGCCUAAGUUGUGGCUGAUUCUAAGCUGAAAUGGCCAGUGAAUUAAACCGUGGUGCACUGAUGGUGUAAAUAAUACCUGCCAGUUUGGCUAAGUUGUAAGGUGCUCUGCAGUAGUACAUGUCCACUACUGAGGUUUUCUUAGUUGCUCUCCAGAUCACAUUGGCUGCAGUGGCAUUGUGUGAAAUGAGUUCUGCUUUAAAUGAACAAUCAAUUGGUGUAUCUGUUUUGUAUGUGUGACCUGUUAAGGUUUUGAUAGAAAAUCAAUGUCCUUGCCAGUCCCAAAUUAUGUCAGCCAUCCACAGGGAUAACAGUUACCAAAGCUACUCCUAUUUCCUCUGAGCAGCAGCUUUAGCAAAGUGAAAGGAAUAUCAUAAAGCCAGAAGCCUACCCUACUCUGCUUUCCUGGUCACCAUAAUACAUCAUUCUUGUGAGUAAAAAUUCUUCCUUUUUUUUUUUCUUAAAUGUGUGAUCAUAUUUAUAGACCCACAAGCCAUCUGAAAUAUUCCUAAAUUUUUAGAUCCAUUUUCCUGAUGAACAGAAACCCUGCAGCUCCUCUUGAGGUCUAUGAAUUUCAUUUUUCAAAACUGCACUUUUAAGAUGCUUAACUUCAGUCUGUCAUGUCUUACAGACUUUGCUGGAAUAUAUAGGUUGCUGUUAAUGAAACAGUUGUUUUAGUUUUGAUACAUGUGCCUAGCCCACAGAAAGUAUGGUAGCAAAUCUGUUUAUUAUGGGUUGUACACAGUAUUGUGUAAAGGUUGUGAAGGGAACAAUAAUAUGGCUGAGCCUUUAAAAUAGUAUAGACUUGGCCCUUUUUAAAAAAAAAAAAAAAAAGACACAGGCACAGUUGUGCAAGGCUGGAAAAGGCUGGCAUUGUGCAGCUGCUCUGACUCCUGUGUCUGCCCUGAGAGAGAAAGCAUGAGCUGCUAUUCUGCAGUAGGAAUAGCUUCUGGAAGGGCAUGUAAUUGCACAAGUCAUUCUGGAUCCAGAAAAAGAGUACUUAGAGCAAUAUAUUAGAAUUUAUUUGUUUGAAAAAAUAAGAUAGGAAAAAGUCACAGCCAAAUUCACAAUAUUUUAUUGUGUAGUAUUAAUUUUCUCAAAGAUAACUGUGUAUUGAUAUUCCUGAAUUGUACUUGCUAAGAAAAAUACAACAUAAAUUUGUUAAAUUGCCAAAGGGAAGAAAUCCACACUGAUGGGAAUUUGUAUUUUGUUAUCAAUGUUACUUACAUUGAAGUUACAUAGUCCCUGCAGUGGAUAUUAGGGAUGGUGACUGAGGGGCAUCCUUGUUAAAUGCUUUUUGUGUUAUGAGACCUGGGAUUGUAGAGGUUCUCAGGGGUGGGUGCAGUGAAAUGGAAGGGCAGAGGCUGGAUGCAGUAGCAGCCAUCUGCAGAACUCUGUUCCCAGGGCUGAGCUGUUUGCUGUGUGUAUAUAAAGAAGAACAUCUUAAAUUUCAGUACACCUGGAGCAGAAACUGCAUUGCUGCUAUCAAAAUAAACCCACUAAGCUACCAAACCACUGGAAGGAUGGAAUGCUGAGCAUAUUUUAGCACCUGUGGGUUCCUUAGAGGAGCAAAAUCUGAUGGAUAUGCUCAGGACACCUUAUGCAUGUUCUAAUUCACUGUGAAUGUUACCAACAUCACUGAUGCUUGCUGAUUUGGCUUGUGUAUUUAGACUGGCACUGCAACUGCUUUAAGGAUUUGGUUAAAAUUGCUAGCAGCUGUUGAGGCAAGCUCUUGCCACAAGUGUGUAUAAUGAGGACUUUUUAUUGUAUGUAUUGGUCUUCCUUGACUUACAUGAAUUCUUCAGGUUGGGCUUAAAAACCGAAUGUGAUCUGUAAAUUGUUUGGAAAGACAGCUGCUUACAGAGGGACACUGGCCAUUUCUUAUAUAUGUGUGCAAGAACAAAA